AUGUCUGUCCCAGAUCACGGCAUUAUUUCUCCUGCCAUACACUAUUGGGGCUCUAUAGUCGUCUUGGUUUCCUCCGAGAACGAAGAUGGCACCACCAAUAUUGCUCCGAUGUCGUCCGCCUGGUGGCUAGGCCGUUCCUGUGUUCUCGGUCUCGGGUCGGGGUCCAAGACUACCGGAAACAUCCUCCGUACCGGCCAGUGUGUGCUGAAUCUCCCCGACGACUCUCUUGCUGGCGUCAUCAACUCGCUCGCCCGGACUACUGGCACCAGCCCAGUCUCGGACUGGAAGCGGGGCCGCAAAUACGAAUUCGUCCCCGACAAAUGGAGCAAGGCUGGUCUUACGCCCGAGGCGGCUGACUUCGUACGCCCGGCUCGCAUUCGCGAGUGCGCGGUCCAGCUUGAGUGUGAGCUAGUCCAUUCGACCCCAUUAAGCGGGGACUUGCCCGACCUGAAGGGGGUCUUAUCCGCGGUCGAAGUGCGCAUCCUUCGUGUUCACAUUUUUGAAACAUUGCGCAUGUCAGGAUACCCGAACCGGGUAGACCCAGACAAGUGGCGGCCCAUGGUCAUGUCAUUUCAGCAGUUGUAUGGAUUGCGGGACGGGAAGCUGGAGGAGAGUGUGCUUGCUCGGAUCGGCGAGGAGGAGUAUCGUGGGCUUACAAAGAGCGGGGUGAAGAAAACCUUGGGGGAGGACGAUGACGAAUUGGUGGUAAGGGAGUUUGACGGGAAAUGA